AUCGCAUUUAUAUUAGCGAAGUACGUUUCACAUACUCGGUCGUUCGCAGGACGUGGAGUUUUUGCGGUGGAUGCAUUGGAAAAGGGUGACUUUGUGGCCGAGUACCGCGGUCAACUAAUAAACGGAGCUGAAAGCGAGAGGAGGAGGCGAGUGUACCAUCCUGCCGCUGCUGUCUUUCUUUUCGACUUUAAAUGGAAUAGGAAAAGCUGGUGCAUUGAUGGAGCCAAAGAUGAUGGCUCUGUUGGAAGAAUGAUAAAUGACAACCACAAAAGUCCAAACUGCAAAAUCAAGAAACUGGCAGUAGAUGGAAUGCCACACCUCUGCCUGUUUGCUUUAAGAGAUAUUCUUCCUGGUGAAGAAAUCACAUACAGCUAUGGAGAUGGACCAUGGCCUUGGAGAAAACAGGGAAAAGAAAAAGCCACUAUUGUGUCAUCACCAUUACAGACAAAUGACAAGGGCACUGGGGAAAGGGAUGUUGCCCAAAGCCAGAUCUUGGCUCAACAGCCUACACUGGCACAAGUAAAAGGCACUCUUGCUAUUGAUGAACAGAACCCUGAUGGAAGAGAGAAGACCCUCAGUCAUAGCUUAGCUGAAAAGACUUCUGAACCUCAAGAGAAAGAAGCAGUUAUUACUAAUGAGCAGACUGAAGACAACAGUGGAUCUGACACUGAACCAGUUUCUUUAGAAAAGAGAGAGCUUGACUGUACUGUGCCAAAACUUAAGCGCUCUGACAGUGUUAUUGUGAGCGAGGAGAUGCUUCAAAACUGUUCUGAGUCAUCAGAUUCCAGUAUGAACCACAGCGAUGAUGACUACAUUCCUAAGUCAUCAGAAGAGAGUAGUCCAGACUGCAGUAGUGACUGCUUAUCAGCACACAUGAAUGACAAAAUAGAAAAAGUAGUGAUUGAAAAUGAAACAUCAGAAAGUGAGGAAGAAUUGAGUGAUCAUGAAGGUGAUGCAGAAAUGCAAGUAAAGCAGAUGAAACGAGCACAUGGCGAAGUUCAGGAAACAAAAGUUAACAGUGUUUGCCAAGGUCGUAAACGAGUGAAGAGGACAAUGUGGAAAGAAGAAGAAAGAAGAGCAGUGGAAAAACAUUUGGCCAAAUUUAUAAAUAUAUGUAAAGUGCCAGGAAAGAGAGAGUGUGAGGCCUGCAUCCAAAAUGAACCACAAGCUCUCAAAAAUAGAGAUUGGCUGGGUGUGAAAUUCUAUAUAAAAAACCGAAUUACCUCACUGAAGAGAAAGGUUUAAAACAAGUGUUUCCAUUAUCAAUGCUGUUCAUUUAAAGUUUAGUUAUGGGAAAUAAUUUAAUCAGUUUACAUUAGGUCUUUUCAUGGUAUUUGAAAGCAACAGUUCCACAAAGCCAGUUACUUGUUUGCUCUUUAAUAAUUUGUAUUUCAUACGUUUAUAUGCACUUACAUAAAGAUAUACACACGGUUAUUUACAGGCUAUUUCAAUCAAGGACAGUGACUCUAACUUGUGUGGUGCCACCAGGAGACUUGGGCCUUGGUAGCUUUACUCAGGGUAGAAAGCACUGGUGUUGGGUUACUGAUUUAAAAGAAUUACCAGUAGUGAAUCAGAGUAAUUAUUUCAUACUGCAAACUUAUAAUACAGAAAACCUGCAAUAUUUACUGAUUCCGUACACAUUAAUUUUAAAUUAAAUUGCUUCUUCAUAACAUACAAUUUGAUCACACGUUUACAAAUAUUGCAGUACUCAUUAAUUCAGAUCAAUUACAAAUAUAUUUGAGCAAUUACAGCUGAAGCUAAGAUGUCUUGAAAUAGUGAAAUCUAAAUAUUUCUGGAUCAAGCAAGUGUCAAAUAUCUGAAAUGGGAGGUAAUUCCAAAACAAAUUAGCUUCAAGGUCAUCGUGCUGUUUUACACUUAGAUUUGGCUUUGUUAUGAUGACAUUGUUUUAGGUUCAGUUAUGUAUGUUUAUUGCAUAUUUAGUAUAAUGUGAGCAAUGUUCUGGCUGAAAGAAUAUUGUGAACUUGAGUCUGGGUGCUCAGUUUUAAUAUUUGUUACUAAGAGGUGAUGUAACUCAAAUAUAAUGUGUACAGAAGCCAGUAAAUAUUGUAAUUUUUAAUAUUCAUCAGUUGCUUUUUUGCUUACAUUGAUAAAUGAACGUUUAAUUAGAUGCUUUGGAUUAAUGUUUUAAUUACUUUUUCAUAAUUAGUACACUGGAGUUGUCAAUGUAGAGAUGUUUCACAAUGGAAUACUGUAUGCAUGGAAGGCUAUUCUUCAAAGCCAAGUAGUAACAGUGAACCUUAGCCAGGAUGAAGGUGCAUUUUUAUUUUUCUCAUUAAAAAAAGGUUAA